UUCUUGAAGGGAUGUGUACCUCCUUUCCCCCUUUUCCCCCCGUAAUGACCUCCCUAAUAAGACAGAUAGGUGCUCUCGCCGUGCGAACCUUCAGGCGAGAGCCACAGACAUCUUCUAGUAAUUUCAUGAGCCAGUAUGAACAGCUGUAUAACAUUUUGAACACGAUAAAAGCCGAAGAUAUCAACCUGGACCCGAGUCUCUUGGAAGAUCGAGGAACCUUCAACCCAAGGAGGGAUGGUGCACCUGUUACAUACAUGCAGCUUUAUGAAGACAGUGAUGUUACCAUAUGUGUCUUCAUCCUCAAAAAGGGGGUGCGAUUACCCAUGCAUGACCACCCUGGAAUGCAUGGUCUCCUGAAGGUUUUGCACGGAUCAGUGGCUGUACAGAGUUACAGUUUCAUUGCCAACAUGUCCAUGGAUGGCGUACCAGUAAACCAGUCCCUCUCUGGUAUGUUUCCAGCAAGAAAGCAUGAGGCAGUCACUGUCUCUGCCAGUGAUCCUGCCUGCCGCCUCCUCCCUGAAAAACAAAAUGUGCACGAAAUACGUUCCCUGAAUGGUCCUGCAGCCUUUCUUGAUAUUUUGGCCCCACCCUAUGGAACAGACAAACGUCUAGGCAUUGAGAGAGAUUGCCACUAUUACCAAGAGUUAGUUGGUGGUUUUCCACCUCCACAAGUACCUGAAGGCAGACUCGUGUGGCUUGUAAAUGUUCCAUCCCCAACAGACUUCUGGUGUGACCAGGCAGAGUAUAGCGGACCGCCAAUUGAAGAGGAUAGUGAUGAAAAUGGAUCCUAAGCUUUCUAUGUUUGAAAGGGAUAAAGAAAUAAUGUGUGUAGUCAUUCUUCCAUCGUAAGAGUGAUGUAUAAAAAUUUAAGUGGGCUGUGUCUCAAAAGGCUUCUGCAAUUCCCGAGAACUUACUUCAUAAGAUUAUGUGGUUGUCUCAUAAUCUCAGGAACUGCAUGUGAAUGGCAGCAUAAAAUGAAAUAAAAUAAGAUAAUGAAAAGAAGCAGCCAUGCACUUUUUUGAGCACUUACAUGUGAUACCAGUACCAGCUACAUAUUACCCUCUCUUCGUAUCUAGGCACUGGGCCUAGUUCUCUGUAAUAAGUGAAGAAGAGCAUUUAUCCUUUGGAAAAAGAACCCAAUACAAGUUUCUUUUCACUGAUAUUUUGGGAUGUUGAUUUUUUUUUUUUUUUUUUUUUUUUUUUUUUUUAGUCAGAGAUAUCGGCCCACUUCAGUCUUCGUGAUCAUGUCACACUAGUCAUUUGUUCCCUUGUGGUAGAUAUGGAAGACAGGAAUUCUUAGAAUUCUGGCAUAUUAAACAAAAGUAUAGUCAAAGUUUUCCUCUACAUCUUUUUUUUUUUUUUUUUUUUAUAGUCUUCCACAUAUUGCGUAUACCACAAAGAAGCAUUUUCUAAAAAGAUUCUUUGUUACAAGUUUCCUCUCUCUCUCUCUCUCUCUCUCUCUCUCUCUCUCUCUCUCUCUCUCUCUCUCUCUCUCUCUCUCUCUCU